UACUUGCUUUACGGAUGCCUACGCGCUCUGUAUAACGUCUACUUCUCACCUCUGUCACGGUUCCCUGGACCAAAGUUGCGCGCCGGUUUCUACUUUCCAUAUUACUACGAGCGACUUCGCGGUAAUUACAUAAUCAGUUGGCGCCUGCUCCACGAGGAGUAUGGAGAGGUCGUUCGAAUUUCACCUGACAAUAUAUCUAUAAUCUCUCCUGAAGCCUGGCGAGACAUUUAUGGACUCGGUAAGGAACUGCAGAAGGACUGGCGUUACUACAAUCGCGAUCCACUUGACAAAGUCGACGAUCUCUUAAGGGCUCGCGAUAAGGACCAUGCACGUAUGCGUCGCUCCAUGAACCAUGCCUUCUCUGAGCAGGCUUUGCGUAGUCAAGAAGAUAUCAUUACUGGAUAUGUCAGCCUCAUGAUCUCAAAACUACACCUGCGUGCGAAGCAACAGUCUCCCGUCGAUGCGACACGCUGGCUGAACGCUACAACUUUUGAUAUCACCGGAGAUCUUACAUUUGGCGAGCCAUUCGGUGCCUUGGAUGCUGAUGCACACUAUCCAUGGAUCGAGCAUCUUUUUGACGGUUUGAAAUGGGUCAUUCUCGGAACUACACUUUCGCAAUAUCCCGUUAUAGGGGUACCAUUCGUUGCACUGUUGCGGAGCUUGCCAGCUUUGGCACAAGCGAGGGAAAAGUAUCAUGGCUAUGUUGAUCGGAGGCUGGGUAAGCGACUGAGUUCAAAGACUGAUCGGAACGAUUUUAUCGGCCAUAUGACCAAACACACGGAAGGAAAAGGCUUCGCGCUCGAAGAGCUCAGACUAACAAGCAGUAUCUUGAUUCUCGCCGGCAGCGAGACCUCAGCCACUUGCCUUAGUGGAGCCAUAUACUUCCUUCUGAAGAGCCCAGACUGGCUGUCAAAGCUGUCAGUCGAGCUUCGCAGCGCCUUCAAGAGCGAAUCCGAAAUCACCUUCCAGUCGCUCGCUCCGCUCAAAGUCCUCAACAGUAUCAUCCAGGAAUCGCUUCGCAUGUACCCACCGCUGCCAGUCGAUCUACCGCGCAUGACACCCGAGGAAGGUGCCACAAUCUCCGGGACGUAUAUCCCCCCGAACACGCGCGUUGGCAUCCCGAUGUAUCCAGCGUUUCGCUCAGAACUUAACUUCAAGAACUCGGACGCUUUCGCGCCAAACCGUUGGUUGGGCGAUGAGGAGUAUGCCAGUGACAGACGCUCUGUGCUGCAGCCAUUCUCAAUGGGAUCGCGCAACUGUAUCGGUCAGAACUUUGCAUGGGCUGAGAUGCGCAGUAUACUUGCCAGGCUAGUGUGGAACUUCGAGAUGGAGCUGUGUCCCGAGAGUGAGGGGUGGGACCAGGGACAGAGAGUGUAUUUCGUGUGGUCCAAGCCACCGCUAAUGAUCAAGCUGAAAGCGAGAAGCGAAUUUGAGAGAUACGGAUAG